AUGGAAGCUUAUAUCAAUGUGUACGAUUUAAUGCAGAGUUUUCCUCUUAGUAGGAUAGCUUGGACAUUGGGACUUGGUAUCUAUCAUACUGGGUUUGUUUUAGGAGGAAGAGAGUAUGCUUAUGGUGCUCAUGCAAUUCCAAAUGCUACUGGGGUUUUUAUAACUUUGCCUAAACCUCCUUUGGAAGGCUGCCGAUGGCGUUGUUCUAUUCCUUUACCACCUUGCACACUUUCAAAGUCUGAGAUAGACGAAAUAAUUACGCGCUUAAGCAAAGAAUUUACAGGUACCUCCUAUUCAUUGCUGUCACAAAAUUGCAACCAUUUUACCGACGCUAUUGCAAAGGCUCUAACUAAUACAAGUAUUCCUCCAUUUUUAAACCGACUCUCGAAAGUUGGCCUCACUUUCCCUUCAAUUACGAAUGCGGUUUUGCAGUUAGAUUUUUCGAAAACUCCAACUCAGAACGGCUUAGAGAGAACCAACUCAUCAGAUUCUGACGAAGAGAUUUUAGUAGCUCCUUCCGCUAAACUACAGCAACUAUCAUUUCCUAAAAUUCCUAAAGUUGUUGUUUCACCUCCGACUGUCAACACAGAUAACUUGGUCUCAGAGUCACAGAAGUAUUAA